CGCGAGGAAACCUCGCACGGACCCCCCGGUAGCGAGCGGCGCAUGCGUGGCCCCGGCUCCCAGCGCCCCCCGCGCUCUCUGCUGGCGGAGCUGACAGGGCUGCGCGCCAGCCGUUCGCCGCCCCCCGCGAGGCCUUGCUUCAUCCCGUAGCUUCUUCCCCUCUGGCCGAGGUUCUUGGCAUCCUCGUGCGGAGGAACCCCGAGUGCUACAGGCGCUGCUGGGAGCCCGGACACUCCUGCACUCGCGCCCCUGUUGGGCACCUGCAGCGGCCUGGACCGGGACCCGGACCCGGACCCCUUGGCUGGCCGCGCCGCCCCGGGCCUCGAGGACACACCCCCUCCUGGUCCGCGCCUCGGGUCAUCAGUCCCCUGGGUUCCUUUCCAACCCAGCGCCCGGUUCUCUUUCUGACCUUGUACCCUAAAGAACCUUAUGGGAGGGUGCGCAUCUUGAUUGGAUAAAAGGCCGGGUAUGCAGACUUUUGGGGUGGGUGCACAUUCACCUUUUCAAGAGCCUUGUACAAAUUUGGUUAAUCAGCCUGGAGUUCCUUGUUCCACCUGAGAGGCCGUCUUUUAUCUCCCUGCGGUCCCAUAUUUUCAAGGACAUUAAGUGGAGGACACUUGAAAGCUUCUCUGGGCCCUGACUUGGAGCUAGACCUGUUGGCCCGGUUGGAUCAUGGCUACAGUCAUGAACCCUCAGGUCGACGUGGAAGUUGAGGAGUGCCUCAUUAUGAAAGUGGAAAAGGACUCCGAGUGGGCAUCGGAGCCCAUUCUGGAAAGAUCAGACAGCACUGAAUGUGAAUCUUUUCGUAAAUGCUUCAGGCAGUUCUGUUAUGAGGAUGUGACGGGACCCCAUGAAGCUUUCAGUAAACUCUGGGAACUCUGCUGCCGGUGGUUGAAGCCAGAAAUGCGUUCUAAGGAACAGAUCCUCGAGCAGCUGGUAAUCGAACAGUUUCUCACCAUUCUGCCUGAGAAGAUUCAGGCCUGGGCACAGAAACAGUGUCCAGAAAGCGGAGAGGAGGCGGUGGCCCUAGUAGUACAUUUGGAGAAAGAGACCAGAAGACUUCGAAAGCAGGUCAGUAGCCCUCUACAUUCAGAGAAGCAAGACCCACAUAGAACUGUGUGGGAAGUAGCUGACUUUGAGCCAGAGCAACUGGAGACCCAGCACAGGGUUGUUUCUCGGGAGGAAGCUGGAAGCCUCCACUCAGGAUACCAGGAACAGCUGAACCAAAAAAGGGAGCAUAGGCCAUUACCUAUGAAUGCUCGCUCUUCUGUCUGGGUUCCUGUCCCUAGUGAUGAGUGGAAUGCUGUAGAUGAGGAAGUGACAACCCAGGAACCAGUGAGAGAUGUCCACACAGUGAGAAGCUUUUCCUACAAAAAGAGUGUACAGCAAGUUCCCGUGCACAGAGAUCUCUACCAUGAAAUCAGGAAGGAAAGUGCAGGGAGCGUGGUUUCCUUGGGAGACACUGUGUCUGCACCUAACAAAAUAGCCCAGUUGGAACAAAAAAAGGAACCAUGGACUGUAGGUCUACAUUCCUCAAAUAAAAGGAAUAGUGUCCUGCAAAGCAACUACAAAGAGAAGUCAGUGCGCGCUGUUCAGAUCCCAGCAAAGAAUGCAGGGAAAGUGUGGCGAGAGCAGCAGCAGUGGGGUUUAGAAGAUGAAAAGAUUGCAGGUGUACACUGGAGCUAUGAAGAAACCAAGACUUUCCUUGCGAUUCUCAAGGAAUCUCGCUUUUAUGAAACACUCCAGGCUUGUCCCCGAAAUAGCCAGGUAUAUGGUGCUGUGGCUGAAUGGUUGCGAGAAUGUGGCUUCCUCCGAACACCAGAGCAGUGCCGGACCAAGUUCAAAAGUCUUCAGAAGAGUUACCGGAAAGUGAGAAAUGGCCACAUGCUAGAACCCUGUGCCUUCUUUGAGGACAUGGAUGCCUUGUUAAACCCUACAGCUCACACUUCACCUACUGAGAGACCAAAGGCCGUGAUCUCUCUCCCACUAAGGAGAACUGCUAUUAGUGCUAAAGAGCAGGUCAGUUUGGUAGACGAGGAGGAAGGUGCUGAAGACUCCGAUGGUGAUGAAGUGGGCAUUGAGUUUAUACGCAAGUCUGAAAUCCGUGCUGCCCCUGUCUUGUUUCAAAACCUAAGUGGAGUGCAUUGGGGCUAUGAAGAAACCAAGACUUUUCUUGAUAUCCUUCAAGAGACCCGAUUUUAUGAAGCACUUCAAGCCUGUCAUCGGAAGAGCAAAUUGUAUGGAGUCGUGGCUGAACAACUUCGAGAGUGUGGCUUUCUCCGGACACCAGAACAAUGCAGGACCAAGUUCAAAAGCCUUCAGAAGAGUUACCGAAAAGUGAAGAAUGGCCACGUGCUGGAGUCCUGUGCAUUUUACAAGGAGAUGGAUGCCCUAGUUAACUACCGUACAUCUUCCCUUUCCACCACCACCUCAGAAGAAAUUCCAUCACUCUCAAGGCAAGAAAGGGGGCAUAUUGAGGCUGAACCCCAAGAACCUACAACCUGGGAAACUGAGGAGACCUUACAGGAGGCAGUGUUAGAAGAUUCUGGCAGCGAGAGAAUGAGUGAGGAGGAAAUUCUAGAAGAGCCAGAAUUUGAAGGACCUUCAGGACUUCCGCAAAGCCCAACGGAUUUUGAAAUUGGAAGUAUUAUUAAGGAAGAUCCAACACAGUUAAUAUUUAAGGACACAGAGCCCCAUAGGGUAUUAAUAGAAAAACCUAAAAGAUUUGUUUCCCAGAAUACCAACCCCAGUAAAUACUGUAAAAGGGAGUACUUCUCAGGAAGACACUGGGAAAACCUUCAAGGAGUUAGACAGGGAAAACUGAUGUCUCAACCUAAAGAUGCAGGGAAGGCUGUGGUGCAUCAGAGGCCUUUUGUGGGAAGGAGACCAUACAGACUUCUCAAAUAUGGAGAAAACUUUGGAAGGAGUGCCCGUCUUAUGUACAGGAUGACCCACCAGAAGGAGAAUCCUUACAAGUGUGGUGUCUGUGGGAAGUGCUUUGGUAGGAGCAAGAGCCUAAUAAGACACCAAAGAAUUCACACUGGGGAGAAGCCUUUCAAAUGUCUUGACUGUGGGAAAAGCUUUAAUGACUCCUCAAAUUUUGGAGCCCACCAGAGAAUCCAUACUGGAGAGAAGCCGUACAGAUGCAGGGAGUGUGGGAAAUGCUUCAGUCAGAGCUCAAGUCUUAUCAUCCAUCAGAGAUCCCACACUGGAGAGAAGCCCUAUCAGUGUGAAGAGUGUGGGAAAAGCUUCACCAACAGUUCUCACUUCAGUGCCCACCGCAGAGUCCAUAGUGGAGAGAAUCCUUACAAAUGUGGAGACUGUGAGAAGAGCUUCAAUAACUGCACAAGCUUCCGAGAACACCGGCGAAUCCACACUGGAGAGAAGCCCUACACAUGUGCCCAGUGUGGCAAACAUUUCACUAAGAGCUCUUUCCUCACCAAACACCAGGAAGUCCACGUGAGAGAAAAGCUGCCGCCAUACUCACACUCUGUGUACUCCCCAGAGAACCUACUGAAGGGCAAGAGUGCCGAGCUCAGGAAGACCUUUUGACAGGGAGCUUGCCUUUCCAGUUGCCCCAUUAGCCAUCCACUUGCUCCGUUAGCCAUCUGAUCCUAGUCCUGCUCUUGGAAGCAAUCUUUUCUUAGCUAUAAAUUACAGUUCCCAAGACAGGCCUGAGAAUAGAAAUAAACAUCUCAUCUGUUCUCACCUCAUAGUCUAACAUGCUCAGUCUGCCUCUCUCCUGAGUCAUGGCAGCUUCAAUUAAUGAGAUGAUAGGGUUUUUUUUAAUUCAGAAUAGAAUUCUCUCUAGAAUGUUGAGGCUAAUGCUAUUGUCCACCAACUUUCAAAACUUGCACAUGGAUGAAUCCAUAUAUUUUCAAAUAUAUGAAUGGUGAAAAGUUUUUAUGGUGUUAUCUAUCACCCAUAUGAGAUCUUGGCAACUUGACAAUGGAUUUUCAUAUCUGGAUAGAAUUUUAAGGAGUUUGAUAAGAACUGUAUCAGAUCCAUCUUGGUUUUGAGGGUACAGAAGGAGAGUGAAGGUUUUAUAGCUACCUUCAGAAGUCUGUAUCAAGAAGUUAAUCCAAAUAGCUAGGGUCUAAUUUCCUGUGUUAUUACAGAAAUCAUUUUGCUAAUACCUUGUCCUCCACCAAGAUAAGCACUUGCUCAUCCUUCAUCUCCCUUUUUGUUCCUGAAGACUUAAUUCCAGUGGCUGCUGCUUCUCCAGUGACAAAUGAUCCUUGUACUGUUUAUCACAAGUCUAUACUUACCUCUUAAUUGUUCUUGGUGCUCUUGUCUGACUCUUCUGGGCUUCCUUACCCACUCAGAUGGGAGAGGACACACAUUAGUGCUGUCUCAUUAAGAGACAGUCAGAUUCCAACUCUACUUCUACCCCAUCACUUCUCUGACUCUUAACCUAAAGCAAGACCUUCCAGUAUGUUGUCAUAUUUCAAAUUGCCUAGCUCUACAUUUCAGUGUAACAUCAUAGUGUUUCUAAAAGCUUAAGGCUGUAAGGAAGAAAAGACCUGAAGUAUUUCAUUGACUCUUUAGGCCUGUUUUAGAUCAUAGAGCUACCUCAGUCCAGACUACACUUCCAGGGUUGGCUGUUACACUACUAGUCUCUAGUUCCCAAGUUUCUAGUUCCUGUUUGUGGGAUUAUAAACCUGACUAUAAAGUCCUAAAUAAUUACACCACUCUAUAGUUCACUCAGUGAAAGUGAAAUUAAUUAUAAAUUCCACUCUACCACCUUAUUUUCCCCA